CGCCCCAGUCCUUGGACGCCAAAGGCCAACGUGCUUACUUUCGUGACGUCAUUGCUUGCGUGAUGACGUUUUAAUGGAGGUUCAGAGGUGGCAGCUGUGGGUUGAUAUCAAUGACUGUCGGUAUUUGGAAUAUAAAACUGUUUAAAAGUUAGUUAAAAGGCCCUGAUUGUUUUUAAACAAGGUCAAACAAAUAAAGAAGGACCACAAUUCCAUGGUCAGUUUCUCUAAGGAGAGUUAGUUUGUUUUUGAUGCCUUGCAUGUAGAGCAGGCACUAUGCCAGCGGCUACUGUGGAUCAUAGCCAAAGAAUAUGUGAGGUUUGGGCUGACAACCUGGAUGAAGAACUCAAAAGGAUCCGCCAGGUCAUUCGAAAAUACAACUACAUUGCCAUGGACACAGAGUUUCCAGGUGUAGUUGCGAGACCGAUUGGAGAGUUCAGAAGCAAUGCUGACUACCAGUACCAGUUACUGCGAUGUAAUGUAGACUUGCUAAAGAUUAUCCAGCUGGGCCUUACCUUUAUGAAUGAACAGGGUGAAUAUCCACCAGGAACUUCAACAUGGCAGUUCAAUUUUAAGUUUAACCUCACGGAGGACAUGUAUGCACAGGACUCCAUCGAGCUCUUGACGACAUCAGGCAUCCAGUUCAAGAAGCACGAGGAGGAGGGGAUCGAGACAUUGUACUUGGCUGAACUGCUCAUGACCUCAGGCGUGGUGCUCUGUGAGGGCGUCAAGUGGCUUUCUUUCCACAGUGGCUAUGACUUUGGAUAUCUGAUCAAGAUUCUGUCCAACUCUAACCUGCCCGAAGAGGAAGUGGACUUCUUUGAGAUCCUUCGCCUGUUCUUCCCCAUCAUAUAUGAUGUCAAGUACCUCAUGAAGAGCUGUAAAAACCUCAAGGGUGGGCUACAGGAAGUGGCAGAGCAGCUGGAGCUGGAGAGGAUUGGCCCCCAGCACCAAGCUGGCUCAGACUCACUACUGACAGGCAUGGCAUUCUUCAAGAUGAGAGAGAUGUUCUUUGAGGAUCAUAUCGACGAUGCAAAGUACUGUGGUCACUUGUACGGGCUGGGUUCAGGCUCUGCAUACGUCCAGAAUGGCACAGGGAACGCCUACGAAGAGGAAGCCAACAAACAGCUGUCAUGACAGCAUCACUGGGAUCUCUCUGGAUGGUCUGCUCCAGUCAGUUACUUCGACGACUGGAAUAAUGAAAGAACAAAAGCAUAUAUACCAUUUAGGAAGCUCUUUGUCAUAAGCUCUUCUCACUUUAGAUGGUUGGUGAAUUUGGUGGUUCAAUAGGAACUAUCUCCACACGUACCCAAGGUGUGUGUGUGCUUAAUAUCAUGUAGUUUUUUCUAUGAAAGCAGGUUAGAGGGGCUGGUUGGUUCAUUUAGAUUUCACAUAAAGCGCUUGAAGAGAAAACAAGGGAUUUUAGUUUUUCAAACAUUUUCUGUAGACAUUUUGCACUUUAAAGCUCCUAAGCAGAUCCUUGAUUUUAUAUGAAAAGCUAACAGUUUUUCUGGAAUGUUCCUCUUCGUUGCCUUCUCUUCUUUUUCACUUAACAUCUUUAUUAUGAAAACAACUUUUUCCUUUUUUCCACCAAACUCAGCCUUAAUUGUAGCUACAUUUGUUAUUUUAAUAUUUAAUUUAUUGUACUGGUUGGUUGUUUUCAUGUGAUGAGACCCCCCCACCCCCCACCCCCUCUCAUUACAUCAUUCAUAUGUUUAAAAAAAAAAAUGCAAUAUACAAGAGAUUGUUUUUAAAGCUUUUGUAAAUAAAGGCUUCAAACUUUUCUAACAUAUAACAACUU